GUGGUUAUCUGGUUUCCUUGAAGCUUUUCUUUAAGACAAAACCCUAGUCCUAACGGAAGCUAAGUUUUUCAACACGAAAGAGCAAAGAAGGAGGCUAACGGCACCUCGCGACAGCUGGUUGGCAGAGCACUGGCAGUUAUUGCACGGUAGAGUCUGUUUUCCACCCGUACCAGUAGCUAUCGCGUAAAAGUGCUACUAUGGAGUUUUCUACGCGGUGUAACGCGUGAAAUCGCCUCCACGACGGCGCCUUUGAUCGCUACAUCAAGCAGUCUCAUUUCAGAGACUUGUUGUUGUUGAAAACGAAAUAACUAUCACCAUGGCGUACUCAGAGGAAAGCGAAGAGGAGGAGGAAGUCGAGGAGGAAGAAGAGGAAGUAGAAGAGGAGGUUGAAGAGGAAGAAGAGGAGGAAGAAGAGGAGGAACCCGUGAAGAAGAAACGAACCCGAAAGGACAAGAAAUGGAAGGACCCCGAUAAACCCAAGCGCGCCAUGAGUGCGUUCUUCCUGUACUCUCAGGGCAAUCGCUCUCGUGUCAAGGAAGAGAAUCCGUCUGCCAGCUUUGGAGAUGUUGCCCGCACACUUGCGGCCCAGUUCAAGGAACUCCCACCCGGGGAGAAGAAGAAGUGGGAAAAGAAAGCGGCUGCAGACAAGGCCCGAUACCAGGAAGCAAUGAAGCACUACGUUCCGACUGAAGACCCUACUGGUGGCCGCAAGGGCAAAAAAGCCAAGAAGGAUCCCAAUGCCCCGAAGCGCAAUAUGAGUGCCUACUUUCUUUACUCCGUGUCGGCUCGUCCUACUGUCAAGGAGGAGAACCCCGAAGCCUCAUUCGGUGACAUUGCCCGAAUCAUCUCGGCACAGUUCAAGGCCCUGACUCCAAAGGAGCGCUCGAAGUGGGACCAGAAAGCCGCAGAUGACAAAGUUCGAUACCAGAGGGAGAUGGAAGCGUACAAGGAAGAGUGAGAAUGGGACAUGACUUCUUUUUAUGAUGAUGAUGACUACUCUUUGAUGUGACCAAGAAUGACUGCUUUUUAUGUAACGAUGAUAUUGAUUGAGAGAAUAGCAAAUGAUAUAAGAUCCUAUUACAAUGUGUUGUGUUGAGCCAUGAUCAUAACGUAGUAUGUACCUGGUACCUUAACGUAGCUCCGUUAGUACUGUCACGGU